CUUAUUUACAAAAUGGCAGAAAUCGUGUUAUGUGAUGAAGACACGGUAUUGGAGCUAAAACGUAAAGUUAUGAACAAUGUUCGCUUUAUAAACCAUUAUAAAUGGCUGAUAGAUGCAUACGUGUCAGAUUUUUUUAUAUUUGGAUAUUGGAACAAGAUAAUACCAUGCUGGAGAAAUAAAUUAGAAAUGAUGUCACCUCCACAACAUUGUUUUUUUCUUGAUACACAUAAAAACAGUGAUGAAGAAAACAGAACUUUGCUUCCUCUAUCCAUGCUGGCAUUUUGUCAGUGUUUGAAUUUGUUUUCUAUAAAAAGACAGAGUAUUAAUUUUGAGACUACAGAAUUACAAGAGAUCCUAAAAUCAUCAAGCAAAGCUAAAACAAACAAAAGAAGCAAUGAAAAUGUCUAUGAAACAUUAGACUUAGAAUCAAACAAAUGUGAAAGACUUAAUCAUGACGGUGUUUCAGAAUAUUCUAAUGGAGAGAGAUCUGAUGCCUCAUCUAAAACUGCUGGUCAUUGCGUAUCUAGUGGUAUAAAGGCCAGUUCAACACUUAUUAAUGGUCAAGACUAUGCUUUAUCCCAUGUUUUUAGACGCCAUGUGAAACCCAAGAAACAACAUGAAAUACACAGAUUAGCUCAGGGUGUAAGUUUAUUAAGUGAUAUAUGUGGAUGUAAGGAGAUAGUAGAUGUUGGAGCCGGACUGGGACAUUUAUCCCGUAUUUUAACAUUUAGUAAAGGUCUGUCUGUAACAACCGUAGAAGCUGCUGGUACACAUGCUCCUAAAGCAUUUAAAUAUGAUCAGGAAAUGGAGAGAGAUAUCAACAAAGUUAUAAACAGGUUAAAGAAAGAAGAGGAAAAAACAGAAAGCAUGACAUCUGAUCAAAUAAAAUCAUGUGAUGAGCUCCCUAAUCAUGUUGUAUGUACAAUUUCCUCAGAUAUUUCGGCUGGAGAAUUUGUAAAAGUUCUGAACAAUCAAUCUUCUGGGAAUGAAUUAGAUUUGACUAAUUCAGCAUUGGAAACUGACAAUGAAAAUUUUUCCAGUGCUAAUGUGGUAGAUAGAGAAACAAGGAACGAUAAUUUUAUAUUAGGUGGAUUACAUGCUUGCGGUGAUUUAACGCCUACUUUAUUAAGAGUUUUUGCGUCUUGUGAUAAAACAGUUGGAUUAGCAUCUGUUGGUUGUUGUUAUAUGAAACUCACAAGCAGAUCUGAUAACAAGGCCAACAUCAAUCAAAGUAAAGAAGAUGGCUAUCCUAUGAGUCAGUUUGUACAAAGUUUACCAGAACAUCAACUAAGUUAUGCAGCCAGGGAAAUGGCUUGUCAUUUUGCAGAUUCUUAUAAAGAAAGGUUGAAAGCCGAUAGUGAACAUCUGAAGGUACAUUGUUACAGAGCAGCAUUUCAACAUAUCAUAACUAUUUUACAUCCAGAGUUUGACAGAGGUGCUAUGAAACUCACCAUCAAAAAUGCUACAAACAUGCCCUUUGAAAACUAUUGUAGUUCAGUUUUAAAAAAGCUUGGAUAUGAUGAUACUAUCCCAUCAGAAUUAAUGAAACAAGCCAAAGAAUAUUUAUCUGAAUGGAAAAAUGUGAUGUCUUUUUAUACUGUACGUCUAUCUCUAGGACCUGUUGUAGAAACUUUAAUAUUAUUAGACCGACUGAUAUAUCUUUAUGAACAAGGUCUGUCAAGUGUACUGGUACCAAUAUUUGAUCCAAGUUUAUCUCCUAGAAACUUUCUUUUAUUAGCUAAUAAAAAUAAUAAGUCUUAAUAAAUACUGCUCCAGCCUUGUAA